AUGUACAAACUCCUAGAUCAACUGCAGAAAGAUGGGAAACAUAUAAUGCUACUCAAUCGAGAUGAUCAGGCAGGAUUCCGAUUAGACUCCACGUACACACACAAGAGCCUUCCGACAUUGUCUGUAAGACCGACUGCAACCACGCGGACUGACUUCAUGAACAAGUAUUCAGCGCAGCUUCAAGUGACAAGCUACAACUUCUCAAAAACGUCAACCUCAGCUGAAGUUUGUGUUGGUAUAGUCAAAGCAUCAGGUUUGCAUGAAAAAAGUCCUUCUCAGCAUGCUGCUGACAUAGGGAAAGUCGAGAGGCUCGAAUGCACGACAUCAGUCUUUCUCAAUGACGAGCUGUUUUUUAAAGAAAUAGAAUGCGUGAGAGUGGAUGGUGGGGCUGACGAAGGGCCUGUUCAUCAUGAAGUGCAAUUUUUGUGGACGGAGCGGCACGUUGUUAAACCAACAAAGAUCACAUUGGUUACUACUAGAUGCAGUGGUGACAGUUAUCUUAAUCGAGUCGAGUUGCAAAACGGAUGUCUUAGUAAAGGCCACAGCAAUACAUUUAUUCCGUCAACGCUAUGUGGUUCUCCAUUCAGUGAAAACGGAGGGAUUGAUAAGGAAAAAUUAAAGGCUAAUAUGUCUGCGGCUGUUGAUCAGUAUAUAGAAAGAGUGGACGGUACCCCUUGCAUGAAGACAAAAAUCAACCUCUCACGAGGAGUGGAGGAUCACGUGUUUCUCAAAAGGAGACAGCAGCUGCUUGUAUUUCUUAAAGGAAGUAAGAAAGAAAAACAAGAUCUAAGACAGAAGAACCCCACCUUGUAUAAUUACUUUACUGAAAUCUGGCAAGUUAGAGAAAAUCAUAUGGACGACAGCCUGCCGCCAAAUUAUGCCUUUAUGCUGAAGUGCUGUCGCAGGAAUGGGUGCCCACAUCCACUGUGCUUAAAAGGUAAGGGGUCUUUCACUCCAGUGAAAAGAAAAUUUUUUCAUAGAAUUGCCAGGUUUUCUGUAAGCUAUAUUAUGCUUUACACAUGAUAUUUAUCAGUUGAUUACCACCAGACUCAACACUAGUGGGCUAAGUUAAGUUUUUUUUUUUUUUCACAGCGUCUCAAUCUAGUAGAGGUGAAACACAAGGGUCUAGUGCGGACCCAGCCUCUGCCAGAGUAUUCUGUUUGUGCAAUGGACCUGAAGAGAAAGGAAGGUUAGUUGAUAUACUGAAUAGUACUAAGACUUUGAUGACCAGUAGUUUAGGAUAAGUAAAUUGAAAUCUUUCGCCUUAAAUCUAGGUUUAUGAUUGCUUGUGAUCAGUGUGGCAGUUGGUUCCAUGGCAGUUGCGUGGGAAUUAAUGAGGAAAUGGCAGAAGACAUGGAAAAAGAAAACCUAUACCCUUUGUGUGUCCCGAAUGCAAGAAGCUAGGUAUACUAAAUAAAAAUCGCUUUAUUCAACAAAAUGGUUUCCUGGCGGACCCUCUUUCUCGCUGUUUCCCUACCCUGUCGCCGAUGAAACAAGAAAGGGACCUGGUUGCGAAAACUGUGGAGACGAGUGUUCUGGACAUUACGUUACAGAUCUAA